AUGGCCGACGCGGGGCUGGCGAGGAGGAGGAUGGAUGGCAUCGGCACGGUGUACGGCGAGGGCGGCGACCCGUCGGCGCCGAGCCUUCUGAUGGGAUCACACACCGACUCGCAGCCCGAGGGCGGCUGGCUGGACGGAGGCGGCCCGCCGCUCCCCCGCCACCGCACCCGCGCCACUCGACACAUAUGCCACGAGUCCUCGGCAUCGCUCGGCGUCGUCUACGCCCUCGAGGCGGCGCGGGUGCUGCACGAGGCUGGCGCGCCGGGCGCGUGGUCCGACGAGGAGGGGCGGUACAACACUCUGACCGGCUCGCGUGAGAUGGCGGACGGCCGUGCGAGGGCGGGGCUGUCCGCGGCGCCGGCCCACAUCGAGCAGGGCCCGCGCCUCGAAGCCGCCAACGCGUCGCUCGGCGUUGUGACGGCGGUCGUCGGCCUCCGCCAGAUGCGCGUCUCCUUCCUCGGGAGGCAGGACCACGCCGGCGGGUGCGAGAUGCCCGAGCGGGCCGACGCUGCGCUCGCGGCGAUGCGGUACGCUAGCGGCCUCGACGCGGCGCUGCGACGGGUGUGCGACGCGCCGGAGGCGUGCGACGGCGCCGUCUGGACCUUCCCUGACCUGACGGGUUUCGUUUCGCACUCGACCAUCCCAGGCGAGGCCAACCUCACGCUGCAGUUCCGCGCGCCGACCGAGGCGCCGAUGGAGGAGAUUGAGCGCCUCGCGCGCUCGCACUGCGAGGCCGAUCGGCCGCGCCUGCUCGUCGAGAUCGCCCGAGGCACGCUCGCGAUGCCCAGCCGGGCGGUGCACGACGCGUCGCCCGUGGCGACGAGGAUGCCGGCGGCGAUGCUGUUUGUGCCUUCGGUGGGCGGCGUCUCCCACUCGUUUGAUGAGCACACGCACGACAAGGACCUCGCCCUCGGGGCGCGCGCGUUCGUGGGCGCCGCGGCCGGGAUUGUGUUGCAGCAGUGCGCGGCGACGCCGCCGGAGCUUGGACGCGUGUCAACUGUAAUUCCCGCAUGA